AUGGUGAUAGGAUGCAAGUUCAGCAAGGAUGAUGAGUCACCUUUAGUUGAUCAGAUAAUGUAUGGAUCCAUGAUCGGGAGUUUAUUGUACCUGACUGCAUCACGACUAGAUAUCUUGCAAGUUGUAUGCAUGGUUGCAUGCUAUCAAGCCAAUCCAAAGGAGUCACAUGUUGCAGCAGUUAAGCGGAUAUUUCGAUAUCUUAGAGAGACCAUGGAGCACGGUUUAUGGUACCUCAGGGGGAGUGACUUCACACUUACUGCAUACUCACAUGGAGAUUGGGCAGGCAGUGUAGAUGAUCGUAAGAGUACUAGUGGUGGAGCUUUCUACUUAGGCAACAAUUUGGUUGCGUGGCACAGUAAGAAGCAAGAAUCGGUAUCUCUAUCAACGGCAGAGGUAGAGUACAUAGUGGCAACAUUAUGUCGUACACAGAUCUUAUGGAUGCUACAGAUGCUGAAGGAUCUAUGUGUUGAGCACUACCUCGGUCGUCCCCUCUUCCUUGGGAGUUUUGGUGGUGGGCCAUUGUCCCAUGCUUCUUGGACCGCCGCUGGUCAUUCGGAGGUUGGGACCUUAUGGGGGAGCCCCGUUGUUGGAUAG